CGGACCCAACCAGUCUUAAUCAGUAUACGAGGAUCCUUUUUUUUUCUCUUUCUCCUCUUUAGAGGUACGUUGGGUCUGCUCUCUCUUUCCUCUCUCUUUUUCUCUCUUUCUCUCCCGUGUCAUCUUCAAGAUGAUGAAGUUCGCCCCGAUCCUGUUAUUUGUCAUAGCGAUUGUUUUCGCUGCCGAGGAGAAGAAAGAGGAAGAACGUCCUAAAACGUUUAGAAGACUCAUUCCAGCAGACGUUCUUCGCGAUUUUCCCGGUAUGUGCUUUGCCUCGACAAGAUGUGCCACUAUUGAACCAACAAAAUCUUGGGAAUUGACACCAUUUUGUGGCCGUUCUACUUGCGUACCUGCUGAUGACAACUCUGGUCGACUUUUCGAACUUGUCGAAGAUUGUGGACCACUUCCAAAAGCCAAUCCGAAAUGCAAACUCUCAGAUAAAACUAAUAAGACCGCUGCAUUCCCUAAUUGCUGUCCCAUUUUCGAAUGCGAAGAAGGAGCAAAACUUGAAUAUCCAGAAAUUCCAACUUUACCACCUCCCACGGAAAUUGUAGAGACCGAGAGAACUUCAGAAGAAGUUCCGACAAAAGCUUAAAUUCUAAAAAAGCUUUAAUUCUAAAAAAACAAAUCAUAAUCUUUACAAAUUAAAUU